AUGCAGCAGCAUCAGAAAGGCGACGCUCUGAAAGAAUACAGUGUCGAUCUCACGGAGUUGGCGCAAAAUGGGAAGCUUGAUCCCACUAUUGGGAGAGAUGAAGAAAUACGUCGAACAAUUCAGAUCUUAUCAAGAAGAACGAAAUCCAAUCCUGUUCUCAUCGGACCUCCUGGCGUAGGCAAGACUGCUAUCCUGGAAGGACUUGCCAGCCGAAUCGUCGCAAAAGAAGUUCCUGAGUCUUUACACAACAAACGUGUUCUCUCCAUCGACUUAUCCGCUAUAAUGGCGGGCUCCGGCAUUCGUGGCCAAUUCGAAGAAAAAUUUAAAUCCCUGAUUCGCGAUAUCGAGGACGAGGCUCGAAACGUGAUCUGCUUUAUUGACGAAGUCCACACGCUUUUCAAUUUGGGUAAAGCUGAGGGGAGUAUCGAUGCUGGCCAAAUGAUCAAACCCGCACUGGCCAGGGGAUUACAGCUUGUCGGUGCUACCACGCCUGAUGAAUAUAGAAAGACUAUCGGAAAGGAUGCCGCCCUCGAGCGUCGGUUUCAGCCUGUCACAAUCGACGAGCCUACAGUAGAGUCAACCAUCUCCAUUCUCCGCGGCUUGAAGGCACGAUACGAGGUUCAUCACGGUGUCGAAAUAUCUGAUGGUGCUCUUGUCACCGCCGCCGUGUAUGGAGCCCGGUACAUUUCAGACCGCUUCCUACCAGACAAGGCAAUCGAUUUGGUCGACGAGGCGGCAUCGGCUCUGCGACUCGCGCAAGAAUCCAAACCCGACGAGCUCGAACAACUCGAUCGCGCGAUGAUGACGAUACAGAUAGAACUCGAGAGCUUGAAGAACGAGAUGGACGUGUUCAGCCAGGAACGGAAAGCAAAACUCGAGAGGGAUCUUACUAGAAAAAGAGAGGAAGCGGAGGCGCUCACGGCCGUCUGGCAAGCAGAACGCGACCGGCUGAAUCAUAUUAAGGACAUAAAAACGCGCCUCGAAGAGGCAAAGCACGAGCUCGAGGUCGCGCAGCGCCAGGGCCAAUAUGAGCACGCCUCGCGUCUGCGGUUUUCGACGAUCCCGGAUCUGGAGCGUCAGCUGCCCGCAGAAGGCGAACGUGCAGACGAGAACGCGGAUGCUCCUCUGGCGAUGCUGCACGACCGAGUGACCUCGAACGACAUUGCCCGCGUCGUGGCUAAGGCAACGGGCAUCCCCGUGCAGAACUUGCUGAAGGGCGAGAGGGACAAGCUGGUACACAUGGAAGACGUGCUGAAACAGCGUGUCGUUGGUCAAGAUCAUGUCGUCACCGCAAUCAGCGAUGCAGUCCGUAUUUCUCGUGCCGGCCUGCAAGCCCCUACUCGGCCCGUCGCGUCGUUCUUGUUUCUAGGCCCGACAGGGGUUGGAAAGACUGAACUCUGCAAAGCUCUUGCUGGAUUUUUGUUCGACGACGAACGGAGAGGAUUAAUCAAUAUCAACAUGUCAGAAUAUCACGACCGGCAUACUAUGUCUCGUCUGAUCGGUGCAGCUCCAGGAUACGUCGGUUUCGAGGAGGGCGGUCAAUUGACUGAGGCUGUUCGACGAAGGCCCUACGCCGUAAUUUUACUUGAUGAGCUUGAAAAGGCACACAAAGAUGUGGCUAUGAUUCUGCUCCAAAUUCUUGACGAAGGAAGCAUCACCGAUAGCCAAGGCAGGAAGGUAGAUUUCAAGAACACCAUAAUUUGCCUUACCAGUAACCUCGGCAGUGACAUCCUCGCGCAUUCGACCGCCUGCGAUAGCAACGGGGUAGUCACUCAAGGAGCCAAGGACGAGGUACUCGAGCGCACAGCAGGCUAUUUCCCUCCUGAACUGUUGAAUCGUCUGGACUCGAUGUUGAUUUUCAAUAAGUUGACGAGGGACUCUAUCCUUCAGGUCGUCUCACUCCGUCUGAAGGACGUAGCGGAACGACUGGAGCCACGGCGCAUCACGAUGGAUGUAGAUAAUACUGCCCAGGAGUGGUUAGCGCAGCAAGGCUACUCUGACGUGUAUGGUGCGCGAGCGAUCGCUCGUGUGGUGCGCACCAAUGUUCUCUUUCCCUUGGCGCAAAAGCUGUUGCAAGGUACAAUUCGCGAUGGUGACCUUGUAAAAAUUCGAGUUCGCGACGAUGGGAAAGUGCUCGAAAUUCAGGACAAUCAUCCGCCUGACGCGUCUGCUCACUCUCCCGCUCCUGCACCACCCACAUCUUCAUCACAUCGUGACCCCAUUGACGCUUAG